AUAACAAAUUAGACCAAACCAAAGGUCAUCCAAUUAUAAGUCACAAUGAGGUCUGGUGAAAUGGUAUGGGGUUUGGUCUUAGGCAGCAUCUUGGCCAUGGCGCCUAGUCGUCACAAUGGACUAGCCUUGGAGGUCUCCGGUUUGCCUGCCACAGGUUAUGACUACAAGGAUGCACUUCACAAAGCAGUCUUGUUCUUUGAAGGACAACGUUCCGGAAAGUUACCGGCGACACAGAGAGCGAAGUGGAGGGGAGACUCUGCACUCACUGAUGGCCAACCUGAUAAAGUCAAUCUAGUAGGAGGUUACUAUGAUGCUGGCGACAAUGUAAAGUUCGGAUGGCCUAUGGCGUUCACAGUCACCCUGUUAAGUUGGGCAGCUGUUGAGUUCCGGCAGGAAAUCUCUUCGGCCAAUCAGCUGAACCACCUCCGCUCCGCCAUCCGUUGGGGCAGUGAUUUUAUUUUGCGAGCCCACACUUCACCCACCACACUUUAUACCCAGGUGGGGAACGGAGAUGCUGAUCACCAGUGUUGGGAGCGUCCUGAAGACAUGGACACCCCUCGAACGCUCUACAAGAUCACUUCUGAUUCACCAGGCACUGAAGCAGCAGCAGAGGCUGCUGCUGCCCUUUCUGCUGCUUCAUUAGUCUUCAAAGGGGUUAAGUCCAAUUAUUCUAGAAGGCUGUUAACCAAAUCAAAAUCAUUAUUCGAAUUUGCAGACAAUUAUAGGGGAUCUUACAAAGAUUCUUGCCCUUUCUACUGCUCUUUCUCAGGAUAUCUGGACGAAUUAUUAUGGUCUGCAACUUGGCUAUACAAGGCAAGUGGUGAUAACAAGUACUUUAGCUAUGUUUUGAGCAACCAAGGAUGGAGUCAGCAGGUAUCAGAGUUUAGUUGGGACAACAAAUUUGCUGGAGCUCAGGCAUUACUAGCAAAGGAAUUCCAUGGUGGGAAGAAGGAUUUGUCUAAAUAUAAGACUGAUGUGGAAUCAUUUAUAUGUGCACUGAUGCCAGGGAGUAGCUCUGUACAGAUUAAAACAACUUCUGGUGGGCUUUUGUACAUAAGAGAUAGUGCUAAUUUACAGUAUGUUGCAAGCUCCUGCAUGGUGCUAUCUAUCUACUUGAAAACCUUAAAUGCGUCUCAAAUCGAUGGAAUCCAAUGUGGCUCCGCCCAUUUCUCUGCCUCCCAAAUCAGAGAAUUUGUAAAAUUACAGGUGAAUUACAUCCUGGGAAACAACCCCAUGAAUAUGUCAUACAUGGUUGGAUUUGGAAGCAAACAUCCGAUGCAGCCUCACCAUAGAGGCGCAUCCAUCCCUUCUAUCCACAGUCACCCGACCAAGGUGAGCUGUAAUGAUGGCUACUCGAGUUAUUAUUCUUCUGACAAUCCAAACCCAAAUCAACAUGUUGGAGCCAUCGUUGGAGGCCCUGAUUCAAAUGACCAUUACAAUGACCAAAGAUCAGAUUACUCUCAUGCCGAACCCACAACUUACAUUAAUGCAGCUUUUGUGGGUGCAGUGGCUUCUUUCCUUGAUGAAAGCAAGCAGCAGCCUCUGCAGCUGCUGCAGAUUAAUGGAACCAUAAGUAAGAUUGACUCUAUGUAAUUCACCAGCACUGCAUGCAAUUUAAAACUUCCAGGGAAUAUCUAUGCCUCAUCUACAUAGUUGUAAAAUAUCUAAUAAAGGAUUUUAGUUUUAUAAGUA